GCGCCUAAUGCGAGAACCGUCGACUCUUUCCCAGAAGGCGCUUGUUAGUGUUCGAGUGGCGCUGUUGUCUGAUUCUUGAGGACGUUCAGAGGCUGCAAAGGCAAAAGACAACAAUAAUCAAGAAAUUAGCUGAAUGGCAAGUGAACAGGCCUCUGUGGACGAUCAUGGAGAGGCCACUCUGCUGGACCCAAGUGCUGGCAGUCCUGUGGGAGACAAAUCCCCGUGUGUCUCUGAGAAAGAAGCACUGAAGGUGACUUGUGAAGGUAACGAUAACGAUCUUGCCGUUUGUGGUCAAGCCAGAACUUCAGAUGGGAAUGGAGAUUACUGCCUUGCCCAGCGAACGUCUACAAAGAGAAAACUUGAUUCGGAGGAUGAACACGCAGGUUCAAAAGUUCAUUUGUUAGAAAACCAUGGAGAAAAAGUGGCUACACACUAUAACGCUCUAAAGGAGUGUGGACUUGAAGAAAGAAACCAGAGCCGAAUCUUGUAUCUCCGCAACUUUAAUAACUGGCUGAAAAGUGUUGUCAUUGGAGAGAUUCUGGAAAAAGUUAAGCAGAAGAUAAACAAUAUAUGUGUCUUAGAUUUGGGCUGUGGAAAAGGUGGAGAUCUGCUGAAGUGGCGAAAAGGAAGAAUCAGCAAAAUUGUAUGCGCAGAUAUUGCUGAGGUGUCCAUAGAGCAGUGUAAGCAGCGUUACAGCGACAUGAAGAACAGGGGUCGUGGUAAUGAUCAUAUAUUUGAGGCUGAAUUUAUAGCUGCUGAUUGUACCAAGGAACUUUUGGCUGAUAAAUUCAAGGAUCCUGAAACGUAUUUUGACAUCUGUAGCUGUCAAUUUGUGUUGCAUUACUCAUUUGAGACACAAGAGCAGGCUGAGCAGAUGCUACGCAAUGCUUGUGAGAGACUGAGACCUGGCGGCUAUUUCAUUGGUACAACUCCCAAUGCUUUUGAACUAGUAAAACGUCUUGAAAAUUCUGACGGCAAUUCGUUUGGAAAUAAGGUGUAUAGUGUUACAUUUCAGAAGAAGGGAGACUUUCCAUUGUUCGGGUGUCAGUAUGACUUUAACCUAGAAGGUGUAGUGAAUGUCCCAGAGUUCCUGGUUUACUUCCCUUUACUUGAAAUGAUGGCAAAGAAAUAUAAAAUGAAGCUUUUGUUUAAGAAGACAUUUCGAGAAUUUUUUGAAGAAAAGAUUAAAAAUGAGGAACACAAAAUACUUCUAAAAAGAAUGCAAGCUUUAGAGCCAUUCUCUUCAUAUCAAAAGUCAAAAUUGGGAGCUGAUGCCAAGGAAUACCAACAUGCAGAGAAACACCUAACAAGUGGUAAAACAAGUGAAACUUUGGGGACACUAAGCCAGUCCGAAUGGGAUGCUACAAGUAUAUACUUGGUGUUUGCCUUUGAAAAGAUGGAAUAAUUACAGGUGGACAAUACAUUUCUUGUAAAAUUGUGUAAUAUUUUAUUUUUGAACUCUUCAUCUGUUAUUUUCCUUAGUUUGGUAUCAUGCUUACAAAUUUGCAUAUGUUGGAUGCGAGUGAGCUCUAUUAAAGAUUUGGGGAUAAACCAA